AUGCGGUGGAUUCUUGCUGGAUCUAGUAUCCUUCCCGUGACCCUAGCAGCCGCCUUGUCCAGGAACAUCGGAAUCUCCGUGAAUGAUGUUACUGCACCAAAUAUUGUCAAUGUGCACCUCGUUUAUCGCGAGUCUGACUUUGGAAAGCAUCUUUUCACAUAUGGUAGUUGCGAUAGUGCCAGUCCUGUUGAUUCGCUCCAUCGUGUCGCAACUAUUCCAAGUGGCCCUUCUUCUGGGCACGACAGUCGACUGGUCUGGGCUGUGCCAAACGAUGUCUCAUCAGGAGGAUGUAUCGCAGCGUGGGAUAUGGAAGGUGCUCGAAUCGGUCAAAGUGAGCCUCUGUCACUGGACAGCAUCCUACAAGACAGCUUCACCAAGCGCGAUCGUAUUCCUAUGACAAACGAAUCUGGUAUUGAUGCAGAAGGUCCUUGGUUCAAUGGCGUGACUUUGCUCAAAAGCAAGGACUUUGGCGCCGUGGAUGCAAAGAAAAUCAAAGAAAAAUCUAUCGGCAUUUUAGGCGCUGGAAUAUCGGGCUUGAUGACCCAUUUCCUUCUUCAAAGCGUGGGAUUUCAAAACAUCGAAAUUUCAGAGUCUACGGGUCGCGUUGGAGGUCGAAUUCGGACCGAAUACUUUGACUUACCCGAAUCAAAUUAUCAAUAUCAAGAAAUGGGCGCUAUGCGAAUUCCACUGACGGCACCAAUUCCUUUGGGUAAUGAGACGUUGAGAUUGGAUUUUACGACCCACCGAAUCGUGUUCCAGCUUUCCGAGACGCUCAAUGAAUUGAACAAGCAGCAUGAGUCAUUCAAAGUUGAUUGGAUUCCAUUUAUCCAGAAUAGCGACAACGCGCUGUCUCUCAAUGGAAACAAGCGAAACCCAGAUGGUUCUAUUCCAACAAUUGGCGAUGUCGCUAAGAAUAGCUCGCUCGGUGCUUCUACAAUCCACACUGCUGUUUUGGAGAAGCUCAAUGCCGAACUAGGAAAGAUCAUGUAUGAUCCCUCAAUGAUGAAACUCAUCGCAAGCAACGUAUAUGAGGCGCAUAAGAAAUUUCUUGAUGUGGGCCUCAACGGCAGAGGAGGAGAUCAAUGGUCUCAGGUGGCUUACCUUCAUAACCUCUUAGGCUUUGACCUCAAUACCACCGAAAUAGCUGGCGACCUAUCCAAUGUCGACGCCCCUUUUUGGGUUAACUUAUACGACAACCUCUUUUUCUCCUCUACAGAAUGGAAGACCGUUGACAAAGGAAUGAGUCGGCUCCCCAAUGCCUUCAAGCCGCUAGUUGGAGAUGAUCUCAAAUAUCAUCGGAAAAUUCAGAAAAUUGAAUACCUCGAAGACGAGGAAAAGGUCCAGGUAUCCUGGAAGAAAAACUACACCGAUCGGGGAUUUCAAAAUGCCAAAUAUGACUAUACCUUUGUUGCGGUUCCUUUCACUGUCGUCCGGAAAUGGGAACUUCCAGAUUUAUCUACAACAUUAAGCCAUGCUGUUGCCUCUCUUGGAUACACAUCUGCCUGCAAGGUUGCCCUGGAGUUUAAGACACGUUUCUGGGAGCACUUGUCCCGUCCCAUUUUUGGAAGUUGUAACACCGUAACCGACAUUCCCGGUAUUGGGAAUGUUUGUUAUCCGGGAUUCAACAUGAACAGCAGUGGCCCUGCCGUUAUCCUCGGAAGCUAUAAUCUGGAUGACUACGGUGAACGCUGGGUGUCCACCCCGGAAAAAGAACAUGCUCAAUACGUGCUUGAUGCAUUUGCCCAGCUUCAUGGUGAUAUAGUUUACGAGCAAUACGCUGGCAACUUCAAGCGCCUGUGUUGGCUAGAAGAGGAGUCUAAUGCUGGUGGCUCCUGGGCUUUCCCAAGCCUUGGGCAGCAUCAGCUUUUUAUCCCCUCCUACUUUAAUACCGAAAAAAACAUUAUUUUCAUCGGCGAGCAUACUUCGUAUACUCAUUCGUGGAUUGCUUCAGCUUUGGAAAGUUCCGUCCGGGGUACUGUUCAGCUUCUCCUAGAAAUGGGACUGGUCGACGAAGCAAAGGAAAUUACGAGGACUUGGAUGGGAAGAUGGGUGACUGUGUAA